CUUUUAUUUUGAAGGGCACAGUAUGUUUAACACGGAAGUGCGCUGUAAGAUGCUAAAAUUGUGUUUUUCGGUGUCGGGGCGCGUUUUUGAAGCAAAAUUGUAGCAAUGGCUUGGAAAAGUGAAGGUUCUCCUCUCCCUCUGGCCUCCUUGCACCUCCUGGUGCCUCCUGUCAGGCUGAUGUCCGCUUUCAUGUGGAAAGUUGUGAAGCACCACAACGUGCUGCAGUACGACAAGCUGGUGGAUUUCAUCGCUUUGGUGACAGAGAUCGUUCCAGACCUCCUGAAUCCGGAUCAGAAGGCUCAGCUCGUCCUGGGUCUCCGAGCGAGGCUGGUUCUGGAGUUAUGUCGUGGCGAUGGCUUAGCUAACUUGCUGAUCAUCCAAAGCCACUUGGAUAAAAUCUAUGCCUGCAGCGCUGAACUGAACUCAUCUCACCAUCUGAUGAGCGCCGAUGCACUAAAGGUUUUGUACACCAACUUUGCCGGUCUCGUCCAGAAGUUGUUGAAUGCACCACUGGAAAAGGAACGCUUCUUCCAGGAGGUUUUUUCUGCAAACUAUGGAUCUGCCUACAACCAACAACUGCAGCAGCUGGUGUCCAAGUUCCUGUCUAGGUUGGAGCAGCUGUUGCCCGUACCGGACUUGCAGCAGACAGCAGCGUGGCUGACCGAAACAUCUUCAACACAGGAACUGGGCCUUGAUCUGUCUCAACCUUUUGCCCUGGAGAGACUCCUGCUUCAUCACACACAGCUGGGAACUCUGAGCGAUGCUCCUUGCUGCGGUGAUGAUGUCAUCUUAUCCGUUCUGUCUCUUCCUGCUCAAACUGAAGCGGAGACGUUCUCCGAGACAUACAGCGAGAACGAGGAUUUCCAGAAUGAGCACGAAAUUCUGGUGGUGUUGGAGGAAGAAGGGUCACGUCAGAAUUCAGACGAUUGUUUUGAGGAGAACCAGUCAGGUCAUAAAAGUCCUCAGUGCUCGUUGACUCACCACCUGAAGAAGAAGCACCAAGUCGGUCCUGUUCAGAAAAAGAGAUCUUUGAGGAAAUCAACACGAGGGACUCAGCCAAAAAACAAAUACUUGAUCGCGGAUGAAAAGAAAGAACAAGAUGGAAAUCCGGAGAAACCAAAAAAGAGACUCAAGGAGAAACAGGAAUGCAGACAGAAAAAAGGAGACACGGAAAAUAAGAAGCGCGGGAAGCCAAAAGAGCCGAUGGGAGGUGACAGGCGGUUUCUGACAACGCGCCCCAUCAACAAAAACUUCACAGAAGAAGAGAUCAAAUGUCCAAAGUGUCAAAAGGUUUUUGAGCUUCCGAAUCAGCUGAAAACACACAUGAAGCUACACACGCUGCCGUAUCACUGCAGCCAGUGUGAGAAAGGAUUCACCAGCUCGUCAGGGUACUAUCAGCACCAGAGGCUCCACAGGAGAGGCCGGAUCUUCACGUGCUGUCGCUGCAGCAAGGGAUUCCUCUGCCAGUACUCGCUCAAGCAGCACGAGCGCCUGCACGAAGGCCCCAGCAACCUGUGCACCAUCUGCGGCAAAACCUUCAGUAAAGCGGGCAUUGUGCGACACAUCCACAUGCAUAAAGGCGAGAGGAACUACUUGUGCACCACCUGCGGGAAGUCGUUUCUGUCUUCAGGCGAGCUGCUGCUGCACACGCGGAGUCACACGGGCGAGACGCCGCACACCUGCAGCCACUGCGGGAAGGGCUUCUCCACCAAAAGUCACCUGAUUGUUCACAUGCGCUCUCACACGGGGGAGCGGCCGUAUGUGUGUUCACAGUGUUCCAAGCGCUUCAUCACGCUGAACUGCCUGAAGAGACACACACUCAUCCACAAUGGCGUGAAGCCGUUUAAGUGCACAGUCUGCGAGAAAACGUUCUCCCAGCAGGGGAACUUAAAAAGACAUUUGACGACUCACACGCCCGACCUGUCAACUUGAAAUCAGAAGUGAAAUAGACCGUCGCAAACGUCGAUUACUGGAGUACCUAUGAGAGAAACA